AAGAAGCCUCUACUCGACGCACAAAUAGCCACGCCAUGUGGUCACACGUUUUGCGGCGAAUGCGUUUACCGAUUCCAGCAAACAUCCCGUGCCAUUCAGUGUGCGAUGUGCCGCCAAGUGGUGAUCGCCUUUUGCAAAAAUAUUUUUGCAAGCAAUCUAAUCACUGCAAUUGAUGGUGAAUGCCUAGCCUGCAAGGGAAGGAUCAAACUGGACGCUGCCAAAGACCAUCUAGGGCGAUGUUCAGAAGUUGAAGUGGUGUGCCUUCUCUGCAGUGAAAAACUGCAGAGAAAACACCAAGAUGGCCACGAUUGCCCCAUGCGGGAAAUAAUCUGCAACUGUGGCGAAAAGUUCAACAAAAAAGACGAGGAACACCACCAGUAUGGUGGCCUAGAACUGCCAUAAGGAAUUUUCUUGAUAAUUCAAGAAAAUUCAACUUUUGUAAUCGAUUAAUUUUAAAAUUACUGCAUUUUUUUUCUAUAAAGAAAAUAUUAAAGAUGUAUUUUUUAUUUUUUAAAGACAAUUUAUUUUUAAAAUGCUUGAAUUCGUUUGACUUUUGAAAGUACUACAAAUUAUUUUUAAAAAGGUAAUAUCAACAGAAGUAUUUGUUUUCAUAUUAGAAACUGUUCAUUGUUAUUUUGGUUUUUGUUUUCAUUUGUUUGUUUUUGUUUUGUUUUUUUUUUCCCCUAAGGCGAAUAUUUUUUUUAAGGGUCUGGAACGUUUUUUUUUAAAUUUUUUUUUUCGUCUUGACAAGCCGAGAACUGCCAUAACCCAAAAUGCUCCUCGCACCUGAUGUUAUCCCAUAAUCCUUUUCGCUAAUAUCAAUUGUGGCGCCAAACUCUGUGAUUAACAUGGCGGCUGGGCGUGAUAAAGAUUGGCGUAACUUUCAAAAGAAAAUGAAAGAGAAAAGAGUCGCAGGCAAAGAGAAGAAAGCAAAGGGGAAAGGUGCAGUAGCACUACCUGACGACACCACCAGUUCAAAGGUUUAGCGCAGAAGUCACAGGGAAACUGCAGAAGUACUCCCGCAUUGGGGCCCGUGUAUUCGUCUCUUAUGAAUUCGAAGAAUACACGAUCGAGAAUAUAAAGAGUGCUUGCAUGAAGCACUUCGGGAUUCCUGAAGAUGGCAUUUUAUGCUGUGAUGUCCUCGCAGGCGAACAAGGGCCUUUCUGCUUCUCUGUGAAACAAAUUCCCGAUUUUAAAGUUAUUCACGUGAGGUUCAUAGAGAGGUCGGAUGGCGAAGGCGAACCGGAAACCAAACGCUCAAGGCCUGUUGCACGUUCAAGCCCAGUACGAGCACCACCACCUCGGAGGGCUGCUGCUGGCGUGGAAAUUGUGUCUACCAGUCAUCCCUGUGGUAUACGACCAGAAAAAGUAUCUCCUGAAAGCAGAUUCAUCCCUAAGAGCCUCUCCGUCGUUGACAUGUUAAAACUUGGCAACCAAAUCAAGCGUACAACAACAGCUAUAGAGAUUUACAAUUUUGACUUUCAAGCUAUGGCUUGGUCAGCGUCCCCAGUUCUCGUCGACUUUAACAUGGAAGAGACAGCUUUUGGAGCGGGCGGAUUCAGGGAAGCUUUCAAGGCCACAAGCAAACACAAAGAGUACUCGUACACUACCUGGGUUGUGAAGCACUACCUCGACAAGUCUUUGGAAGAUAUGAGAACUCUUGGACAGACUCCAGAACAACACACAAAGAAAUCAGUUCAACUGCACUAUUUAGCUAGAAACUUUGCAGCCCAGUUACACACUGAUCUUGAGAAAGAAGACAAUUUAAUUUUGUUUGGAGAUACCUUGUCUUACAACAAAGUUAUGCUUGGAUAUAUUAGAAAUAGGGAUGAGUACGUUACCGUCGAAGAAUUUGUUAGUGGCACGUUUGACAAGUACAUCAAUAAUGAUGGAACAAUAUGUGGAAAGAACAAGAACCUUACGGAAAAGGCAGAAUGUUUGGCACACUAUAGCUAUGAGAAGUCAAAGAAGGAAAUAAUGGUGGUGGAUAUUCAAGGCUGUGGGGUGUGACCCAGAGGUUGCAAGUUCGCAAGUUGAGUCGGACAAUGAGGGAAAGCUUUUUUGUGCAGGUAACCUCAAUAGCCAUGCCAUUGACAAAUUUGUUGAGUUGCAUAAGUGCAAUAGCUUUUGUCAGCUAUUGGAUCUGUCAGUUUUGCGUUAGAAGUGUUGGACAGUGUAGGUCCAUCUGAACAAAUCCGGGUAUUUUGGUUAAACCCAUCUUAUUUGUUGUGUUGGUUGUUCAAAUUCAAAGUUACAGUGUUUUGUAUAGAUAUUUUAACUUUGAUCCAAGGCAAAGGUUUAAAUAGAUUUAGCCAUGAAGUGGAGAUUUAAAUAAAUUAUAAUUACAGAUUAGUUUAGUCAAAUGGAAGGCCUGUUUUCAUAUUUUAUUUUGGUGUGGCAUCUUCAACAGUGACUCAAAAGCAAAAACUUUUUUUAGAUUACCUAGCAUCAAUAGUCUGAUUUAUUGUCAUUUGUGUAAUUAAAUCUGAUAAUUCCUUGA